CAUUAAUUUCAUUUACAGUAUUAUUAUUGUAAUUGAAUCCAUUUUUCAUUACUCAAAACCCUAAACCCCGAAGCUUUUUCCCGAGUGGUUAGGGUUUUUCUUUGUGCUGUCGCAUUGCAAUCAAUCGUACGCGCGAGCGAACUCAGAACUGCGAUCUCCAUCUUCAUCGUCUCCGGCUCUGCCAUGCUCGCCCUUUCGAGAGGCCUCGUUUCUCGUCUGCAACGUGUCGCCGUCGAUUCGCCCUCGCCGCUCCGGUUUUUGAGUUCCGAUGCAGCGAUUCAGAGUCGGGUUAUUGAUCCGAGACCCGGUGUGAUGACCCCUAAUUCCAAGCGAACUGGGCUCAUAGCUGUCAAGUGUGGAAUGAGUGCGCUUUGGGAUAAAUGGGGCGCCAGAAUUCCAAUCACCGUGCUUUGGGUCGAUGAUAACAUUGUGUCUCAGGUUAAGACCCCUGAGAAAGAAGGUUUUUGUGCUCUCCAGAUUGGUUGUGGACAGAAGAAGGAUAAACAUUUGACCAAGCCUGAAGUUGGUCAUUUUAGGGCUCAAGGAGUUCCAUUAAAGAGGAAGCUUAGGGAGUUUCCAGUGACGGAGGAUGCUCUACUUCCUGUUGGUACAUCACUUAAUGUUCGCCAUUUUGUUCCAGGCCAGUAUGUUGAUAUCACAGGAAUAACAAAAGGAAAAGGUUUUCAGGGUGGGAUGAAGCGGCAUGGAUUUAAGGGAAUGCCAGCCUCACACGGUGCUUCCUUGUCACAUCGAAGCAUUGGUUCUGCAGGUCAAAGGGAUACUCCUGGAAGGGUUUUUAAAGGUAAAAAGAUGCCUGGGCGAAUGGGUGGGGAUCAAAGAACAGUUCAAAAUGUAUGGGUCUACAAAAUCGACCCAGCAAGGAAUUUGAUGUGGGUAAAAGGCCAGGUCCCGGGAGCUACAGGAAACUUUGUUUUUAUAAAAGAUGCCGUCUAUGAAAAACCUGACAUAUCUCUACUUCCUUUCCCAACUUACUUUGUCCCUGAAGAUGAAGAUACUGAUAAUUUGGAACCAUUGGUUGCUGAGCUUGGAGAUGUGGAUCCAUUUAUGGUUGCUGAUUAAAGAGCAUAGUUCAGGUGCUGGUUUUCUUGCUAGGUUCACUUCUGCAAUCAUGUUUUCUUUGAAUAUAGACGGUAAAAUGAAAUUUUUGAGGAACCAUCCAAGGAUGAUUUUUUAUUUGUCUUUUACGCCAGCUUUAGGGGCUUUAGGGUUAUUUACGACAUUGGCGAAUCCAAAUUAAGAUUGGAUAAAGCUUGGUUGCCUUGGAAUCCUACAAAUAAGUGUGGAGAUUUGGAUUUAAUGAAUUAUGAUGUUUUAUUCUA